ACUCACCAUGCCUGUCAAGUAACACAGCCUCGUCUAUCCCAGUCACAUCUGAUGGCACAGUGAUUCUUGGGACCCCAAUAGGCAGGGAUGAUUUCAUUUUUGCUUCUUGUGAUGACACUGCUAAAUCAGGCAGCCAGCUAUGUGAUAAGCUAGUAGAUCUAGGGGAUGUUCAGAGUGCGAUGUUGUUGCUGCGAUAUUGCCAUGUACCUCGACUCAACCAUCUUGCUCGAACAGUGUCGCCUGCAUUAUUACUUCCAGCGGCCAGAAUCCACGACUCACUAACCAGGAAGACAUUCACUCUUUUGAUGGGCUACGAAAAUAUUGGAGAUAAACCUUGGGCUCAGGCUUCCCUGCCAAUCAGAGUAGGUGGAUUUGGCAUGACACCACUAGUAUCGCUCUCUCAAUGUGCGUUUGUCUCAUCGUGGGCCCACAGCAUCAAAGAGUUGCCAAACUAUUUUUCAAGUCUGAAUCAAAUUCUUCAUAAUGUUGUCCACGGUGACCACGGUGAUCCCCAGAGAGGUUCUAUAGCUCAAGCUCUUCGUGAGGCAGUGCCUUCUGACAAACAACUGGAAGAUAUGCUACGGAAUAAAAGUAAACUACAAAGAAAACUGACACAGGAUUUAGCCAGCACUGCCAUCACUGACAUGAUUAUGAUAAGCUCAUGCGAUAGAGAGGCAGCAAGACUUCGGUCUUUGCAAGGCAAAGGGGCAGGGGCAUGGAUAAAUACGAUACCAACUUCGCAGAAGCUCGCACUAGAAUCCCGCGAUUUUCGCUUGGCGGCCUGCAUGAGGUUGGGAUUGUCUAUGCCCUUCAAAGGAUAUAUCCAAAGAUGUGAUUGCGGUGUCUCCCUUGAUGGAUCUGGCUAUCAUUUCUUGACAUGUAAAUGGGGUGGUGGUCCUGUCUGGUCCCACGAGUCCAUAGCUGCAGUGUGGGCAGAUUGUUUGAGAGAUCUCCAUAUACACCACCGACGGGAACCUAGAAACAGGUACUCAAACUCAAAUGACCGCCCGGAUAUCUCUGUUUUUGACUGUGGCUCUGGGUCUAAUGUGAACCUGGACAUCUCACUGGCGCACCCAUGGAGCUCUGAAAUCGUCAGCAGUGCAGCACACACAGAUGGAGCUGCAGCACUAAAGAGAGAAGAGAAGAAGCUGACCAAAUAUUACAAACAACUCCUUCCUGGGGGAGAAUCGUUCACCAUUGUCCCUUUAGUCCUGGAGCAUUUUGGAAGAUGGGGCAAGGAAUCAGAAUGUUAUCUACAACAAUUGUCCCUCAGAUCUACAGACGACUUGGGAAGACUGAAAAGGGCGGAGUUUUUGCUGCAGUGGAGACAACGCAUUUCAGUUCAGUUGCAAAAAUGCAAUGCGAAAGUUAUCUAUCGCAAGGUAGAGGGUGUGCUGAGAAGUGGCAAAUAAGAAGUGUUAUCUGUAAUAAUAGAGAAGAAACGUGGACCAAUACGGUCCAUAUAUCAUAUAUGUUUUUUCAAGUGUAGUUUA